GGCGCCGGCAGUUCUGGAGCGUACGCAGGAUCUGGAAGGCCCUCUGGGACUGAUGGCGGAAGUAGACCUGGGCUCCGAGUUUCCUCAGCCUGCUGGUGCUGCAGGCGCUGCAGAGGUUAUGGCUCGCUUCGCGGCGUCAUUGGGCGCGCAGGGCCGGAGGGUGGUGUUGGUCACGUCAGGGGGCACCAAGGUCCCACUGGAAGCGCGGCCGGUGCGCUUCUUGGACAACUUCAGUAGCGGGCGGCGCGGCGCAGCCUCAGCCGAGGCCUUCUUGGCCGCAGGCUACGGGGUCCUGUUUUUGUACCGCGCUCGUUCUGCCUUCCCCUUUGCCCACCGCUUCCCGCCCCAGACCUGGCUGUUGGCUCUGCGGCCCUCCGGCCCAGCUCAUUCGGGCCUGCUGUGCCUGGAGGCCGAGGAGAAGAUGCUCCCGGGCUUUGCUGCAGCUCUGCGAACCUACCAGGAAGCUGCGGCUGCCGGCACCUUCUUGGCUGUAGAGUUCACCACUUUAGCGGACUAUUUGCAUCUGCUUCAGGCUGCGGCUCAGGCGCUCAAUCCGCUAGGCUCGUCUGCGAUGUUUUACCUGGCUGCGGCCGUGUCAGAUUUCUACGUUCCUGUCUCUGAAAUGCCUGAACACAAGAUCCAGUCAUCUGGGGGCCCACUGCAGAUAACAAUGAAGAUGGUGCCAAAAAUGCUUUCUCCUUUGGUUAAAGACUGGGCUCCCAAAGCAUUUAUAAUUUCCUUUAAGUUGGAAACUGACCCCUCCAUUGUAAUUGGUCGUGCACGGAAGGCUUUGGAAGUUUAUCGACAUCAAGUGGUGGUGGCCAAUAUCCUUGAGUCACGACGUUCCUUUGUGGUUAUUGUGACCAAAGACUCGGAAACCAAGUUAUUGCUGUCAGAGGCAGAAGUAGAAAAAGGCGUAGAGAUAGAAGAGAAGAUAGUGGAUAAUCUUCAGUCUCGACACACAGCUUUUAUAUGUGGCAAAAACUGAAGUAAAAACUUCUAACAGGAUCAGAAAUUGUUCAGUGGACCAGAGCUCUUAACAGAGCAUGAUGGUGAGAACUAGAAUAAAUCCUUUGUUUUCAUAAGGACAGACAAAAUGAAGGGAAGGGAAAAAGCAGUGGUGUGAAGGAGACUAUGUUUGGUAUUUGUCUUUUAAAGAUCAUUUCAUAUUAAAAAUGAAAUGAAGGCAAAGCAGUUAUGACCAAAUCACCUGACAUACUCAUCUGAGCAUCAUCUUGGUUUUGAAAAUAAACUCAAGAAUUGCUUCUCAGCUUUCAAAAAAAGAACUUAUUGAAAAUUUUAUUCCGUCCCUCAAAAUAUACUUGUGAGCCAGAAUAUCAGCCUUCAUACUGUAAAAAGAAGAUUAUGGAUAUGUGAGUGGUCAUGCUUUGCAAAUCAAAUAUUUAAGUGCCUAUUCUGUGCCGGGCCCUGUGUUGAGCUAUGAAGAUUAAAAAUAUGAAUAAACAUUUCUAGUUUGGGAAGUGAAUGUGUAAAUAAUUAAGUGCAAUAAAGUAUGUGCCCGAAAUUCGACACAAUGUAAA